CGAAAACGGUUCGAGGAAAUGUCAGAAACAUGUUGACAAAGAUUGUUAUAGUUUUGAAAUAAUCUAUUGGUUGGAUUUUUCGUCGGCAAUAUGGUCUAGCGAAACCGAAGUUUAGUUCUGCCUCGGCAAAAGCGCGAAUCAUGGGGAAUCCAAAAUAUAAUCAACGGUGUACAUAUUUCAACAAGGAAGGUACCAAGAAAAGUUCAUGAAGUCAAAAUCCGUUUCUAUAAUGGGAAUUUAACAAGCGGUCAAAUUCUAGAUUUUAGGUGUUGAAACAUCUGAUGGUUAAUGUGAACAUGUAUGAAUUACCCACGGGAUUAUCUAGGAAUGUCGGUAUCGGAGCGAUGUAGCAAGAUUUUGAGGCAAACCCAACAGAGUAAGACUACAUCGGGAGCCAACUUGUAAUGGAAUAUUCAUACCAGCGAUGAUUGACAACUCCGGGACCAUCAUGAUCAGUGAUAGUGGAGAACAACACCGGAAGUGCGCGGACAGGUCUCGACACCGCUAACAAGUUCCCGUGUUGUCAGGUUCACUGUGUACUAUGUACAUUUCACAUUCUUUCAUUUUUUCUUUAACAAGUUUGGUGUGAAGCACGUGCGGGUUUUCAAUCUCCUGUGAUUCUGACGUUAUCAAAAACAUCAAAACUUGACACUACUUCUGCAGCUAGUGUAGCCAGGCUUUUGUGUUUCCGCGUAAAACCCAAUUUGUCAUGGAAACAGAUUACUGAAGACGAGAUCGGGACGAUUUGAGCAUGUGUUUUGUUUUAUAAUGUUGAAUGUUGAGCGUAUGAACACUCUGUCUCGCUGUGUAAACUGUGUUUCAACUCUAACACCAGAGAACGGUUCGGAGACGAAGCACCAUGGUUAGGAUGGACAGACUGGGAUUGUUGGUGCUAUUGGCAUUAGGAUUUGUAACGGCUAACGGUCCACCGCGGCUAAAAGAAAAAGCCCAUCUUCGUUACCGUCUCAAGGUAAAACAGACCAAGAAGAUCAAGUGUCCGGUAGAGGGAGAACCUGCUCCCAUGAUUCAGUGGUUGAAGGACGGACAGGAUAUUAAUAUAUUGUGGGAUAGGUACCACGUCCUGCGGGAUGGCUCCCUAAGGAUUCGGGAUAUCAUUUUAGAAGACGGUGGAAGCUAUAUGUGUAAAGCAGUGAAUGGCUUCGGCAGUAUCCAUGUCAACUACACAGUGAUCGUUGUCAAUGAAGAGACUGGUAUGGUGAAACAGGAUAACAAUCUCUACCCACAAACUCCCGAGGAGGACCUCUCUAAAGAAUGGUCAAAGCCGAGAUUUAUCCAGCCAGAGAAAAUGAAGAAGCGAGAUUACCAGAGGCCUGUUGGCAGUUCUGUCAGGUUUGUCUGUAAGGCUGUUGGUAACCCACGACCUCAAGUGUCAUGGCUGAAGGACGGCAACAGCAUCUCCACUGAGGAUGACAAUUCCAAGCGGCCAUCUUGGACGCUGAAGAUAACGGAACUGACGGAGAGUGACAGUGGCAGAUACUCGUGUGUUGUCAACAACAGACAGGGGUCGAUCACCUACAAUUACUCCCUGGAGGUCAUCAAAAAAUUUAAUGAGAAGCCAGUACUCCUGAAGCCCCACCCCCUGAACACUACUGUGGAGUACGGGGAGACAGCUUCCCUCCAGUGUAAGGUGGAGAGUGUUGUACAGCCCCACAUACAGUGGUUGAAGCGCGUGGAUGAUCCAUCGGAGGUGAAAAACAUGAACACAACAUUACGUCUGGGUGGCCAGCAAUUUAUUGUAUUAAAAACAGGCGAGGUGUGGCCGGGACCUGACAACACCUACCUCAACAAGCUUGUUAUACAAAAGGCAAGGGACCGUGACUCUGGGGUCUACAUCUGUCUGGGGGCCAACGCCAUGGGAUAUAACGUCAGGAGCGCCUACCUCACUGUCGUCAACACCAAUCCCCAUAGGUCGUCACUGGAUUCGGAUAACGGAAGCAGUAGUCUCCCUUUGAUGAUUGCUGUUCCUACAUGUAUCAUCAUUAUCAUAGUCGUCAUGGCAAUCAUUCUUUUACAAAAACGGAAAAGCUGCAAUAGUUCAUCAAACUCGAAUACAAGGACUACAAGAUUUAACCCUGUGCCAACACACGAGACAGAACCUUAUCCUCCGCUUCAAAACAAUCCCGCCACGAACUUACACAUCAAUCCGAUGCAAAAUGUAAAUGUCAGAGACAUGUAUACAGGGGUACACAACCCACAUUUAAUACAAAGCAGUCGAGAAAAGUUAUCAAAAAAUCAUAGUAUUGACUUUUAUACAGACAUAUCCUCGGUGUCCCAGAGUAGAAAUAAUCCCCAUUCAUCUCAACACAUGCAGCAGUACUCCUACUGACGAAACUUCAUGUGGCGUGUCAUUGUCGUGUAUGUUACCAUGGAAACUUAAAAUUGGUUACCAUGGAAACAGUGACUAUAAAACACCUUAGAACAACAAGAUGUGCUCCCACAUACCCAAUCAUUGUUCAGAGGGAUUCGACUUGUUACCUCAAUCAAGAAGUAUACGCAAUACAAGACAUCAUAUUCUGAGAAACCUACAUACAUAUUCUGUGAUUAGUUUUGCCUUCUUCAUAUUAAUAUCUUUGGUACAGUGUGGGAGAAACAUAAUCUGUUGUGGUUAUCGGACAAAAGGACAAGUUUUAUUUUCAAAAACUUUGAAUUCACCGAAGAUUUGGAAUAAAACAAAGCUUGCGAUCACCAAGUUGCCAAAGUCAUGUGAAGUAUUUUUGAUACAACCAUCAAACUUAUCAGUAAGGUUGUGACUUAGAAAAACUACUUCAACAAGAGGGAUCUGAUGGUGAAAAUCACACAUGAAGUGUAGAUUAGUGAAACAGAAAAAUGGAAGAGCUGACUUCAAUAAACACCUGAUGUUUUGGUUGUGAAUGGAGGAUGACGACCCAGCAGUUACCUGUGCAAUUGACACUAAUGUGAAGAGUUAGAUACCUUUGAGAGUAUCUGCCCUUGGGGGAAAAACGUGUGUUUGGACUUAAUAAUAUGGUGAGACAAAACACAGAACAAUAAGGUUGUGACACCAUAAGUAAACAACUCAAUAAUCCCACUGUGUGAGACACUUUGGUGGUGUGAUACCAGUGAUAGAUUCCUUAAUGAGUUAUCUGCCCUUGUCUCAAUAAUCCAAGGGUCAAUGUUGCAAUAUUCACAAGUGAAGUAGAUAUUUUGUGCUGCAAUAAGAUGAAGAUGUAUGACAUAUUGAUGGUUAAUCUACAAAAUCUGUAAUUCACUGUUACAAUGAAGUAUCUACAAACAUUUUGUAUUCUGAAGCUUUUGUACCUGUGAGGACACAAAAAGUGCAUCAUGUGAAUGAAGAGCUACAUAUAUGAGAUGUUUAAAGAAAAGAUUUCUUUGAAUUUUGAGUAAUAUAUAUUUCCAGGAAAUGUAAAACAAUGACUUCCAGUGUUAAGUGAACACCAUAGUCGAGACAUAUCUGUUGAAGGAUGUCCGUUUCAUGGUGUAAUCAAAGACGGCCGACUCUGUGAUGAUAUUUGCCCAUAUAUAAUAAUUGAUAUACACAAAUUGACCUUCCUAGUGUCAGCAAGCAUUAAGGUAUACCUGUGUAGUGUGGACGUGACAGAGAGAUUGAGAUCUAUAAAUAUGUGUAAUUGAAAAACUGGAUGUGAGUGAUUGAUGAUUGAGAGAGAUGAGAGAAAGUUGGUGUAUCUGUAUGUGUAUGGGAGAUAUCAUAAGUAAAUCAUGGGUGGACGUGAUUCAGACAUGUGAAGGGUGAACGUUGGUCAGACGAUCAUUGGGAAUCUGCUCUACAUAGUCUCAUUCUAGGACCCGGCCAUUAUUGGAUAAUGGGCAUGCACAUCUUUGGAUUGAAAAUUAUCAAAAUCACAAAAGAUAAUAGAAUAUUGAUAUUCUGUCAAAAAUUGUUAGAAAACAGCAAGUGACUCAAUUUGAUUUCAGUCAAAAAGCUGUAAAACCUUGUUCAGUACUUUAUAUCCAAUCUGAAGCAAAUUAAUAUUUCACAUAACUUUGAUAUUAACUUUUUUCUCAAUUUUUUUUUAACUUUAAAAAUCCAAACAAAUGUUGGACUAGUUUUUCUUUUCAUGUCGUAUAUUCAGUGUGUUUCACUUCUUGCAAAUUGAAUUUGAUCUAUUUUCAUUUUCCAUAGCACUUAAUUUGUGUUGUAAUUUUUUCUACUUAUACCAUUUUCCUUUUUUAAUUGCAUCAUUUUAUGAACAAAAAUUGUGCAAUACCAAUUUUCUAUUUCUAAACAUUCACUCUUUAUAUUGUAAUUUUGCCCCCCUUUUUUUCUUAAUGGAUGAAAAAUCUGUGAAACUGCAUGUUAAAUUUCAGAACUCAAUUUAAAUUUUCCAACUUUUAAGUGUAAAAAAAACCCCAAAACACCCCAGUCUUCUGAUUGAAGGUUAGCAGAGUAAACCUAAUGACAAAUAUUGUCAUUAUAAUUUCCCCUAAACUAGGUGCUAUGUGAAUUUGUUGUUCUCUAACCUAUAUAUGACCUUUAACCUUUUCAUGCUAGGGUAACGACCUUGAUUUCUACAUUGUAAUGCCACAAAAAAUACCUAGCUGGUACAAAAACAAAGUCAAGUGCCUUGUAGCAGUUCAAAACUGACAACAGUCUGUCACUAAAACGUAUUUGUUUAUCAGGCCCACAUUAAUUAGCCAAGUAUGAUUUGAAAAUUAUAUUAAUUUGAAUAAAUUUCAUUAACAAUAGGUUAUUGUCCCCCGCGGGGUAAUAUGUUGGUUCGAUGCUUAUGUUGGUGUAUAAUCCUGUCUCAGUAUUCAUAGCAUUCAGAUUAAAACAGGACAUUACUAUAUAUCCUAACUCCCUCCGACAGUUAUAUCCUGUCUGAUAAACGAGAGGGGUGUCAACAAAUGUCAACACCAAUAAUAACUCAUCCGUUUACAUGGCAAAUUUCCUUUUUAAUUGGACAAAUUACCCAAUAAAAUAGGUCAAAUUUAGUUCAGAUUCAACAGCAUUCACUGUGGGAAACAAUAGUCUCCUUAAUCCAUACUUUUUAAUUUUCAAAAAAUAUGCUGCAGUUGAAGCAUUUUUUUCUGGGAGGAGGAUGAACACACAACAGUGUAUGAAGAACGUGAGUGUGGGCCAGUCAAUAUUCCUGAUGACAUGAUACAACAAGGAGAAAUUAUUUUUGUACAUGAAGUACUAUAAUCUAUUGUAAAAUUUUCAGUGAACGUCGAGACGACAUUUGACAUGUAAAUGUAUGCUCAAUCUUUGUCAAUCCAGCCAGCCUUCUUCCUGACAUUUUAUGAUACAUCGUCAUUCCUGGGACCAAAUAAGUUGUCCGGUUUCAGAGAGUUCUAGAUUAUAGAGAUGAGGCGGUGAGGUUUAGACAGAGGAGUGUAAACAGAUAAAGAAGAGCUUUGUUGAUCUACUGUUAGAGGUUGGAUAGCAAAGUGACUAGAUUACAGGGUCGUUAUAGAAAAGAGGGAAAACUGACAAUGAUCAGUAGAACAGUAAGAUCAGUGGCUGGAAUGAUGAAGCUUGACAAAUUAAUUAGUGAAACUUAUUGUGAAAUAAAUAUCUUUUGUUCUCAUAUAGUGAAUGGAAAAUUCAAGGAUUACAUUUUUCUAUCAGGCAAAGUGCCAAAUGAUCAUUCUCAGUUUUUUGUUUCUGUUUUUUCUUCUUCAAAAUUUGUGAGUUAAAGUGAAUGUUUGGUGACUUACUGAGAGUAAGCUAUAUACAAUCUAUUUUUCUAAUGUUGGGAAGUAAUACCAAAGAGAGACGACUACCUUACGAAGCAUUAUAAAUCAUUACUUAUUGUUGAUGUUCAUUUUUCUGUGCAAUACAAUGUCAGCCGUCUGGAUGUGGCUUGUCGAGUACGAAUUCUUAUGAUAGUUUUGUUCCGUUAGGAGUUCGGUAGAAUUUUACAUGCAAAGGUAGUAGUGGUAAUUCCCUUAUCCAACAUGCUCAUUUACAUCAUUUUGAAAUUUUGAAUAAUAAAUUUAUAUUAUUUUGAUGAGUUUAACAAUUAGAUAUCUAUUUUUUUAAUGAAAUUAUUGAUUAAAAUGAAUUCUGAAAAAAAGUUUGGGGAAAAUAAAGUACCUGUAAAGAUGGAAAUCUGAUAACUUGAUUUUACAAGCACAUUUUCAAUGUAAAAUAUACUUUGAUGGAAAUAAGAAACUGCUUAUCUCCCUUUGCAUGUAAAAGCCGACUGAACUUGUUACUUAUUUGUUAUGGGUUUGGUAAUAUGUUUUGUAGACAAAAACAUUUCCAUGCAGUGCUUUCAUGUAAAUAUGGCAUUAAUCAUUUGUAAUUUAUUUUCAUUUAUUUCUAUGUAUUUUACAGAGAAUGUUAAGAGAUGGUGUAAUGACAGUAAAACACAGCAUGUGUUUAUAUAAAC